UGCUGUUUGACCCGGAAAUGGAGCGUGAGAAUUUGGCAGUGGGCAGUUUGGCUGGUGGUUUGGUGAUUGGAGCUCGCUCGGCGGGGGAGCGUCGUUAAACCGGGGCCGCUCUCUUCAUUCUUUCCCCACGGUGUGAUGUGGAGCAUCAGAAAUGCCUUAUGUGGAUCGACAGAAUCGCAUUUGUGGAUUCCUCGACAUUGAAGAAAAUGAAAACAGUGGAAAAUUUCUACGUCGAUACUUUAUACUGGACACUCGGGCAGACAGUUUGCUAUGGUAUAUGGACAAUCCACAGAAUCUGCCGUCAGGAGCAUCACACGUUGGGGCACUUAAGCUUACAUACAUUUCGAAGGUCAGUGAUGCAACAAAGCAACGACCAAAAGCAGAGUACUGUUUUGUCAUUAAUGCAGGAAUGAGAAAAUACUUCCUGCAAGCCAAUGAUCAGCAGGACUUGGUUGAGUGGGUCAAUAUACUGAACAAAGCUACCAAGAUCACAGUACCAAAACCAUCAGAUGUUCAACUGAACACAGAUAACCAAAAUUGUCUAAUGGAGGGGCCAUGUGGAAGAAAGCCAGGGCCAUACAAGACAGAGAUAAUUGGUGGUGUUCCAAUUAUUACACAGACUAAUCAGGAGGGGAUGGAAUAUCUUGAAGGAAUUGAGAAAAGUAAUUUGAAGCGUUCGCAAAGUCAGUUAGCAUAUUUUAUUGGCAAAUCUACACCUGAUCAAGCAGUCAUUAAAAGUGGUUACUGUGUUAAACAAGGAGCAGUGAUGAAAAACUGGAAAAGACGACACUUCAUACUAGAUGAAAAUUCUAUAAGCUAUUACAAAUCUGAUCUGGAUAAGGAGCCGCUUCGUAGUAUACCACUUAAAGAAGUUAUUAAGGUUCAGGAGUGUAAACAAAGAGAAAUCCUGUUACGUGAUAACUUGUUUGAAAUAGUUACUAAUUUUAGAACGUUUUAUGUCCAGACCGACAGUCCUGAAGAUAUGCACAACUGGAUCAAGGCAAUAUCUGGGGCAAUAGUAGCACAGCGAGGCCCUGGAAGAUCAGCAGCUUCUAUGCGGCAAGCCAGAAGGCUGUCGAAUCCUUGUAUACAGAGGUAUACAUCAAGAACUGGUGAAUGCGGCACGUAUGUGAGCUCUCAUGAGCCUUCUGACACUUCCACAGCAGAAUCCAGUACUGUCUCAUCUUCCUCAAAAGCACCAGCCAUCUAUAAUCCCCUCAUUGCCUCCGCCAGCAGCACUGCAGACUACAAUCCCCAACAUAACCAGGAGAAGCGAGGACUUCACAAGCCUUCUGCCGUGGCUCAGCCAGGGCAGCACAAGAUCCCGGCUGUCUCUACCCGAAAACCAGCUCCCAAAAUGACAAAGGAAGAUUCAGUCCCUCAAGGUAAAAAUGGUAUGCAGGAGAGUUAUCCUGCUCCUUUGGAUCUGGAUGAUGUCAGUCUUCCUGUCAGUGACAUCUAAAGGUUGAAUUUGAAGGUAAAAGUCUUGUCAUCCAAAUCAGUAAUUGCAGGGGACCUCUGAUGGGAAUAGAUAAGACAGGAAGAGGAUUAUCCUAUUGUUGCAUUCAAAACUUUGCUUUGAGAUUCACCUCAUUAGUGUACUUAGUGAAGUGUGUCUGCUAAAUCCCUGUAGAAAAUUCCUUGCUGUGGCAUCUAUAGAGAAAUCUGGAUUGAUUUGGUAUUCAAUUAUCUGCCUACUUUCUUAAAAAAAAUUGUGCCUAAAGGACACAGUGUGGUGUACUGUCCUGGUCCCAAAGAUUGUACCUUGUCACUAAAUGUACAGGUGUGUCUUUUUAUAUAUUCAGAACAAUGAGGGUUUCCAUUGUUAAAAUCUUGAACCUUGUUUUGCUUAGCCUUGACAGCUCUAGGUUGUACUGUGUAUGAUCCUUAACUUGUGGCCUGUAUGUGUGUUAAUGCAACAAAAUCCCAUAUUGCUUAAAGUGCCUGUCCUUAAACUCUGGAACCAAGUUGUUUUCAUAUGUAUCAAUAUUUUAUCUGUGCAGCGUUACAUUUUUUUCUUAAGCUCUUAAUCUUUUGAAUUCUCGAUUGAGGAAGUAGUAAAUGUAAUUGUUUUGACGUAAUUCAAGUUUAAAUUGUUAGAAUAUUACGGAUCUUUUAAUGGUUUCCUGUGCAAUAUAUAUUUCACUAAUUGUGAACUGCAGAAGUUACUGGAGGCUUUUUAUACUGACACUGGGUGUAACCAGAGCAGUGCUACAUUAAAUUUUAGUUUUUUUUAAUAUGUACACAAGAUAUAGAUGUAUUUUUCAGUUGUGUAUCCACCAAAUGUAUUUCACCUGAAAAUCUUUGUGUAUGAGACAUUCUGUCUCUCUCCCUUCCUCCCAGAGAACAUUCAGUUUAACUGGUGAAAGCUUCGAAGUAAAGCUUGAAUAGCUUUUAAAGUCUUGAAAGGACCCUUGGUCUGAGCAUUGAUGGAGAGAGUGCAAAGGUUGAGCUCAUAAAAAAAAUUAAUUUAAGGUGAAAAUGUGGUGGUUACUUGCAGAAAUGAAUUAGACUGCAUCUGUUAAAUUCUAUUUUAUUAGUAUGUAUAGAAAUCUAAAGUUUUCACACUUAUUAAGCCCAUAGUAUUUCUGCAGUUUUUACCUUUAUAGGAUAUACUUAACAUAAUUUCCAUCAAUAUAUUUGGUUUAAAAUAUUUAUUUCACAAAUAUUGUAUACAUAUUCAUACUUUUUAAAAGUUGGCAUUAAUUUUCAUUAUUUUCUAUGGAAAAUUAGCUUUGUUUUUGUAUUGGUAGCUUUUUUCUACACUUGCAUCUGUUUCUUACCAGUUUGCUUAUUUGUGCCUAAUAUUGAUGAGCAACCUGUUUAUGAAUCAGUUGAACCUAAUGUCCUUUGGAUAGCACAGCUGUCCCUCCUUUGCAUGAUCCUCCAAUGUCAUACUCUUGUGCACUUGUGUAAAAUAGCUUGUGUUCAAUUUGGGGUCACCAUUGUUGAGGCUUGGGUGCUGAAAUGUGAUUAUUUUCUAAUUUGCCUUCCACUACCACCACUUGCUGUGAGAAGCGAGUGAACUCCUGGAUGCCAAGGCUGAACUAAGAAACAUUAUUUUUCAAGAAUCCAGCCUGGAAAUUGGGAAGGUGGCAGCCCUGGUGGAAGGCUGACUAAUUGUAACUUUUGAUAUAAAAAAAAUGAUUACAGUUUAUGGAGGGUACUUUCUAUGUUACAAGUUCUUGAAGAUAAGGCAUUGAUGGACUUAUUCUACAAUGUUCCCUUAAAAUCAAUCAAGUAACUUUCUAGUGUAUUUUGAUAAUAAUGGUAACUUGAAUAAUUUUAAUACCAUAAUUGGCUGCAUUUAGUUACUAUAGUUUUUAAACAAAGUACAUAAUAGAAUUAAAUUGUUUAAAAGGUUUAUGUAGAGGGCCAUUAAUAAUGGAGGAUUUCUAUAGAAUGUUAGGUUUUGCCUAAUUCAAACAGCUGAUUUAAUUGUUUUGAUAACUGUGAUGUUACGACACUUGAGGAAAAAAAUACUGACAUGGAUAGUUUCAAAUGCAGCAGCUUUAUUUUGUUUGCCUAAUUAUAUAUUGGGUUUUUCAUGCUUUAGUUUGGCAGUUUGCUUGUCUUAAAGUUCGUUUUGCAAAAAAAACAUUUGAUGCAAGCUUUGGCUUGAAUAUCAAUCAGACUGUGUAGUUUUGUCUGUAUAGUAGUAGCAAAUAUUUUCUGUUCAUGGUCAUUUGUAGUUUGUGUUGCUGAAUAAAUAACUCAACUGCAAAUAAUUGUUUUGUUAAUAAGAGUCAUCAAAACUUGUUGCACAGUUUGAAUUUCGCAGAUUUUUUAAAACUGAGAAUGAAAACACUCCUAACAUUAUCUUUUGAAUACACUAAAGUCUCUUUCUCCUAUGUCUUUUCACUGUGACACUGAAAUCAAGUAAUUUUUAAAUCCCAAUUUUUCACCAAAAAGGAACAAAAUUAAAUAGAAAGAAAAGCUAUGUGAUUUCUUAUCUGAUUUUCUUUCCACAUUAAGGAUGUUUAUUGUGUAUUAGUAAUUAGAACUAUUUGAAAAACCUGUGGGAGAAAUUACCUGUAGAACUUGUAAAAUCUUGAUAUAUUUAGUUCAAUAUUUUAUUUUUGUAAUUGUAAAUUUGCUAAGCUUAUUGGCACUGGUACUGCUUUUGAAAUCGCAUGUGCUACUGCUGUGUACUUGAAAAUAUUCUUUACAAAUAUAUGAAUUGGGUGAAAGUCUUGUUUUGCAUUUACACUAUUGUGGGGGACUAUAUUCAACUACUGGUGAACUGAAAAUAUCUAAUUUGUCGAGUUGGAAAAAUGUGUAUUAGUCUGCUAACAGAAGCUUUUAUUUAUCUUUGCUGAACUUUUUAUAUAAUUCUAUAAAAAUGUUUAAAUUAUUUUUGAAGGUUAUGUAAAGACUGUCCUGAAUGAUGUUUGUUCAUCUAGACAAUAAAGAACUAUGUGAUGAUUUUUA